AUGAAGAUAUCCAUUCUCGCCGUAUUUUCCCUGGCUCAUGCAGUCACAGCCAACUGGGCUGAGUCUAUCUGGGACGAUGUCAAACAUGCCGUCAACUGUGCUGGAUGCGAGACUGUUCUAUUUGCUCUCAAAGGAGUUGCUGAUCUAGGCGAACACGCAUUCCAAACCGUCCUGACUGAUGUGUGCGAUAUCAGUGGUACCGAAGAUAAAGACGUCUGCUCUGGCCUCAUCGCCGCUGAAUCCCCUGCUCUAUAUUACAACAUCAAGAACCUCGGUGUCAAAUCCCACACCUCCAAAGUCCUCUGCGCCCAACUCUUCGGGCUCUGCCAAUUCCCAGCGGUUCGACCGUAUAACCUCACCUUUCCAUCUCCCAAGCCAACCACUUCUCGUCCGCCUCCCAGUGGACAAUCGCCUAUCCGGGUAGCGCACAUCAGCGACACGCAUGUUGAUCUAUCCUACGAAACAGGAUCGAAUUAUGAAUGCUCCAAGCCCAUCUGCUGCCGGGUGUAUACGGACGAAGAUGCUCCUGGGAAUACCUCGUUUCCCUGCGGUCCAUACGGCAACACCAACUGCGAUCCCCCACUGCGUCUGGAAGAGAGCAUGAUGGCUGCUAUCAAGUCGCUCAAUCCUGCGUUCUCCAUCUACACCGGCGAUGUAGUAGCCCACGAUCUCUGGAUGGUCGACAAGACGGAAGUUCUGGAUGACUUCAAUGCCACCUACAGCAUGCUGGACCAGCUCGACCUGGUCUACGCAGCAGUCGGGAACCACGACACCACACCAGUCAAUCUCUUCCCCUCGACUCAACUGCCAGACAAAGACAAUCAAUGGGCCUACGAUGCUCUCACAGCCGAAUGGAAAAGCCUGACCAACUCGUCCAUCCAAACCACCGAAUACGGCUCUUAUUCAGCCAUCUAUGAAAACCUGCGCAUCAUCUCGUACAACAGCAUCUUCUACUAUCAAGACAAUUUCUACGCCUACACAGACCCAAUGGCCCACGAUCCCUCCAACCAACUCACCUGGCUCAUCGACCAACUCCACGAAGCUGAAUCCGCAAACCAACGCGUCUGGCUGAUCUCUCACAUCCCAACGGGCGGAGUGGACCAUCUCCACGAUUACUCGCACUAUAUAGACGAGAUUGUCCAGCGCUACGAAGCGACCAUUUCCGCCCUCUUCUUCGGCCAUACACAUACGGAUCUUUUCCAAAUCGCCUACUCUGAUUAUAAAAAUCGUGCCUGGGACACUGCCUCGGCGAUUGGAUAUGUCGCGCCAUCGUUGACGCCGACGUCUGGCCCGCCUGCGUUUCGCAUCUACGAUAUCGACCCGGUCACGUUUGCCGUACUAGACUAUACGGUCUACAUCGCCAACAUCAGCAACCCGUCAUAUCAAUCCAACCCCAAAUGGGAGAAAUACUACUCGGCGAAAGAGGCAUAUGGCUCUCUUCUCUCUCCACCAGUUACAGAUUCGUCAAGCGAACUCACCCCAUCCUUCUGGCACAACGUCACGGCUCUCAUGGAGAAAGACGAUUCCGUGUUCCAAGACUGGUGGUCGCGAACAACCCGCGGGUACAACGUAACGACAUGUACAGGCGACUGCGCAAAGAAGGAAAUCUGCGCCCUCCGCGGCGCCGACGCACAAUAUAACUGUGUUACAGCAACGCCCGGAUUCCACUUUGACAAACGAGAGGAAAGCGAACAGAAGCCUAGGCCGGAAUGUGAAGAUGGACUGGGAAGAGUGCUGGGUGAUAUGAUCCACAAGAAAGAUUUCGUGGACUUGCUUCACGAGAGAACGGCUCAGUAUCAGCACAGAUAA